AUGUCGAGUCGACAUCUGAAGAAGAACGUCCAUGUUCUAUUCCUGACAUGGAAUACCUGUGAGCCAAGAUUCGUGGACCAGACACUAGAGCUCCAGGAAGAGCUCAACAACACUUUCAAAAUCUCGACUUCUGAGCACUGGAGAAUUCCGUACCGAAAAACAUGUACAGAAUUGUUAACCGGCCGUCUCGAGUAUUGGCGUGAAAGCUACGACAAUGAAGACAGCCUGUUUAUUCUUUACUACAGCGGCCACGGCUUCCAUGAUGAGGAUGGUAAUCUCGGAUGGGGAGCACACCGUGAGGAGUACGAGGACUUUUGUCUGAGCUGGAAAACAGUCCCACCCAUUUUUACCCGCACCUCUGCAGAUAUCCUGUACAUCCUCGACACCUGCUUCGCCACAGCCUCCAUCCAUUCUUUCUCCACGCCCCAGCCUCUACUCACACCCCCAUCCCUCGACAAUACAAAAACUGGAUCUACUACCGAACUCCUCGCCUCAGCAGGAUUUGCAGACCUUACUUACGUUCCUGGACCAUACUCCUUCACGGACGCCCUGAUUCAGGUUCUGCGCUGUGUGAGCUUGGAGGCAUCGAGCUAUGACCAUGCCACGAUUAUCCCUCCUAUCUCUAUCUUGAAUCUCCAUCAGAGGGUUAUGAGUUUGCGUUACAGGAGAUUGAGGGAGUAUGAGGAGGGUCAAGAGCUGAAGAACACACCCAUCUUUGUGCGACUGGUUGGCGAUGGGGAGAGACCGUGCAUACUUCUUCAACCUCGGGCAAUGGUGUACCCACCUGUCGAGUUCUAUGAAGAGCUGUCGAGACCACCAAAACCGAUCAGGGCAAAGCUGUGA